AUGUCAGAAGAAGUUCAAAUCAAGAACGCCAGUUUAGAGCAGUUGAGAGAUGUCCUCAUAAAUAAAACCAAUGACAUUGCCUUGGCUGAUAGGUUUAGAGCAUUGUUCAACUUAAAAUCUAUAGGAUCAGACAGCGAUGAUAAGGAAGCUGCUCACAAGGCUAUUAAGUACAUUGCAGAAGCUUUCAAGGAUGACUCUGAAUUGUUGAAGCACGAAGUGGCUUACGUUUUAGGUCAAACCAAGGACUUGUAUGCUGCUACUUUCUUGAGAGAUACUUUGACUGACAAGAACCAACAAGUCAUGGUUAGGCAUGAAGCAGCCGAGGCUUUGGGAGCUUUGGGGGAUGUUGAUUCUUUACCAUUAUUGGAAGAUUACUACAAAAACGACCCAUCCUUGGAAAUCAAACAAACUUGUGAACUAGCCAUUGAGAGAAUUAAAUGGGAGAACUCAGAACAAGCCAAGACUGAAAAAUUAGAAAAAUCGUUGUAUGAAUCAAUUGACCCCGCUCCUCCAUUGGCUACCGACUCCAACACAUCGGGAGUUGAAAAACUACAGGAUAUUUUGAAUGACCAGGAAAAACCAUUAUUUGAGAGGUACAGAGCUAUGUUUAGAUUGAGAGACAUUGGCACCGAUCAGGCAUGUCUUGCGUUGGCUUCUGGUUUCGAUGACCCAAGUGCGUUGUUCAAACACGAAAUUGCUUACGUUUUUGGUCAAUUGUGUAAUCCUGUUACCGUCCCGUCGUUGAUUAAAGUGUUGAAAGACGAGAGAGAAGCUGGUAUGGUUAGACACGAGGCUGCUGAAGCCUUGGGUAGUAUUGCUACUGAUGAAUGUUUACCUGUGUUGAGAUCUUUCCUCAAUGAUCAGGAACAAGUGGUAAGAGACUCAGCUAUUGUUGCCUUGGACAUGUACGAGUAUGAAAACUCUAACGAGUUGGAAUAUGCAACUGUUAAUUAG